CGGCGCGCGUGCACAGAGCUAUCACUUUGUAUAUCGUCUGUAAAUUGUAAUGCGGGCAGAAUAUCAACUCGGAGAAAAGCAAGUGAGAAGAGUUUUAACAGUCAGACAGCCAUACGAUCCUGACGUGUUACGGCCAAUGUAAUAUUAAUACAGCGAUUAAAUAUCUUUAAUUAGAUUUCUGGCGGUAAUUUGGCUGAUUUUCUGUGAACGCCAGUAGCUGACUGUUGGAUUAUGCUGUCGUGUGUUAUACAUCUUGCGGUGCUAACUUUAAGCAUCACUGUUAAACCUGAGAGUUAAAAAAAAAAUUGUUCUCCUAAAUAAGGACUUUAACCAGGUGUUUUGAGCUGAGAGUAAGGUGUACCUCAAACUGGACUGGAAUGUUUAUUCCAAGGUACGAUUGAUUUCGUCUUCUCAUUAUAUUGGUACAUCAGAAAGGUUUUUACAUUUCAUUUUACCAGACGACUGUUGAAACGGGGACGAUUCGUCUUCAGGCAAACCACAGACACGUGAUUGCAAUGGACGGAAUAGAACACUGACAAGGAUCAGCGAUGCGAUAUAAUAUUCAUAUUAAAUCUUGUGAUCUCUGAUGAAAUGGAUCUCGAUCUGAGCGGAUGAGACACGAUACCUUGACGCACGUGGGAUGAAGUUGUUCUGUUUCAUCUGUAGCCAUUGCCAUCGAAACGUAUGUUCCUGUCGCUCAAUGUUUCGCGGUUUUAAGACCUUCACGACACGCACUCCAUACGGACUAAUCAAUAGCUUCAGACAACCGAUCCAACGUCGAUCGUCUGAGUUUGAUCGAAGCGUGGAACGCAGGUAGCUAAUGUUUUCAUUUCCCGCCAAAACCGCGGUGAGAAGGGGAUGCUCGUGCUGGUGAUCAGUGACCAAAACUUUGCUCUUCAUUUUUAAUCUCUGUCGAGUGCAACAGUAGGCUGAACGCUUCCAAUACAGAGGUUCAUGAAAUUCGGUUAAAUUCAUGAUUCUCUGUGACGUCAUCUACAUAGUUCAUUUUGAUAAAUUUUGACACAGAGGAUUAGAUCAUGGGAACAAGACAAAACGAAUUAGCUGAUUCGUGCAAGAAAGUUUGGAUCAUCAAAGAGUGAGGAUUCGGAUCUCAUGGACUGACAGAGAUGCAUCAUUUUGUCGGCUGUCUUAGCUUCGUGUUGCUAAAGCUGUGUUAGUUUGUGGAUUGAAGUUCAAUGUUAACGGACUUCAAAUGUUAUAAACAAACUCAAGCAGUGUGUUCAGAAAUAAAAAAAAAAGUUCGAGCAUUUAGCAAGGUGGCUGUCGGAACUUCGGAGAAACAGAGAAAUACUUUACUGCUACCGUGAGAACAGAAUGAACAUCAUUUAAAAGAAUAAUACUCACUUCUUAUCACAUCGAAAAUAUUCUGACGUGGUCAUCAUGGAGUACGACAGCAGUUUCGACAACUUCACCGGCAACGGAACCGAAUACGAUGGUCGUCACACCAACGUCCUAUCCGUCUUCGUCUUGACCCUUUUUGUCGUCAUUGGUAUCUUUGGAAAUUCCAUCGUGAUCUUUAUCAUCCUCAAGCACCGUGACAUGCGUACCGUCACCAACUAUUUCGUGCUGAACCUGGCCGUGACUGACAUCGCCCUCCUCAUCAUCUGUGCGGUGCCGACUGGCGUCGUCUACGCCAUCAACACGAUUGACUGGCCUCUUGGUGAUUUCAUGUGCCGGAUGACAGGAUUCAUCAUGAACGUAAGUCCAUCUAAAUAUCUCACAUACUAGUUUAAUAAUGCGUUCGGCUACCUUCCCGAAAAUGUCGGGAAAAUACCCAACAGCUAUCAAUAGAGAACGCGAUCGCAGCUAUUUUCGAAACAUCAUCUUGAAGGCAACUUAGAUUACAAUGUAUGUCCCAUUGAAAGCAUGUUCAGACUACGUAAUACGUGAUUGUCAUGUUUGAAGAAUAAUCAGAUUAUACCAUGUAUACAUCAUGACAAGAAUAACUUUGUAGAGCAUCGUAACACACGGAAGAAGGCCUAAAUCCCAUUACGCAUAAGCUUGUGUCGGGUUUGCCAAUGAGGUCCUACAAUAAGAUAUGUAAGAACAUCAAGAAUAAUUGAGGAAGAAAGGGAAGUAUUAAGGGAAUACACAUUAUAGACAGGGAACGAGCGUCAAUAACUUACAUAACAUCAUUUGAGCUGUGACAAGAUUCAC